GCGUACGCUGCAUCAUGCACAGAUUACCAAGGCGCAUCACCGGAAGAGUCAUGCCAUGGCGCGCAUCCUGGCGGGCAACGAAGACGUCGUACCAGCCAUGCGGCCGGUCGCGCCGCCACCGCCAGCACGCGAGGACGCGCCGCUUGAGCCCAAGGCGUCCUCGUCCGAGCCGAGCUCGCGCUACUACAGCACGCCGUCGCUGCCGACGUGGGUGACCAACGACCGCCAAGUGCUGCGGUUUUACUGCUACUUUGAAGAGCCGUCGCACUACGCGCCGCUGUCGCUCGAGGCGCCAUCGGGCCCGUCGCGCGUGCGCCGGCUCGUGCUGCUCUACUACCUCUCGGAUGCGUCGAUUGAAGUCUCCGAGCCGCGCGUCGCCAACAGCGGCCUCGCGCAAGGCCGCUUCCUCGCGCGUACUGUGCUGCUGUCGCCGACGGGAGGGCCGUUCACGCCAACUGACUUUGCCGUUGGUCAAACGAUCGUACUCAAAGGCCACAAGUGCAAACUCGUCGACUGCGACGCGGCGACGCGCGAGUAUUACGCCAAUGUCGUGCAGCGGCCACAGCCACCUGCGUUACCGUACCCGGACACGCCCGCCGUGUCGGCCUACCGCGAGAUUGAAGCGGUCAAGCAGCCGCCACAACCGACGCUGCCCGCGAAGAAGAAGGCGGCCGCCAAAGUCCAGCAGUUUAUGCAGUUUAGCACGCACGUGCUUCGCUUCUACUGUUCGUGGGAGGACCCGCAUCCAUUGUACCCCGAGACACGCCGCUUCACGCUCCACUACUUCCUCGCCGACGACACGGUGGAAGUGCGCGAAGGCCGGGCGGCGCGGGACCGGCGCGGCAGCGGCCAGUCCUUCGCUGUGCUUCUCUCUCGCCGGUACGGCACCCCUCCCGAUGAUGCACGACGAGACGCGGUAUGUACGGCCAUUGGACCUGCGCUGCGGCAACGAGAUUUUGUUUUUGGCCGCGUCUUUCAUCUCGACGACUGCGACGAGUUCACACGGCAGUACUACCUCACACAGCAUGGCAUCACGCAAGAGCCGUCCGAGACCGUCGCGCGCAGUAGCAACCAACGCUCCAACGAUAGGUCGCCGCCCAACGACGACACCGACGACGACGACGACAAUGGGUCGCUGCUGCAGCAACUGGUGCGCGAGAAGGCCAAGAAGCCCGACCGCCGGGCCACCACGCAAUGCCUGCGCUUUCGCGCCAUCUUUGCGCCGACGCCCGAGCUACCACCCGCGCAAGCAGCACGCUCCUUUGUGUUGACAGUACACCUCGCCGACGAGACACUGGCCAUCUUUGAGCCACCGGUACCCAACUCGGGGCUCCGCGGCGGCAAGUUCCUCGAUCGGGGUGCGUACAAGGUGCUCCAAGAUGACGCUGCGGCACGGUACUUGAGGCCGUCCGACUGCUGCGUCGGCGCGACCCUGACGUUCGCACUGACACCCAAGCAGCCGUUCCGGCUCGUCGAGGCGGACGAACAAACGUUGGCGUACUGCGAGGCGCACCCGGACGGCUUUGAGCAUGCGGAUAUCGAGCGCGUGCUCGCUCAGGUUGCGUCGCUCUUACACGAGCGCGGGACCAAUCUGCGACGUGUCUGCAGCGCCGAGAGUCGCGAGCAUGGCUGCCUCGGCGUCGAUGGCAUGAACAGUGUGCUCCGCCACCGGCUGCAUUUGCACGACCACCUCCAUCCGCACGCGUGGCUUACGCUGACCCGGCGCUUUGUUCAACCGACGACAACGGCAGCCGAGUUUUGUGAUGCAGUCGUGCGCGCAUCGGCGGCGGCGACGCCCAGCGACGGCUCGUUCUGGAGCCAACUGCGGCAGGUACAUAUUCCAUCGUCGCCUUUCCUUCGAGAAAUGGUGACGACGACGCGAUGUACUAUUAGAUUCCGGCCGACCUCCGACAGUCGAUUGCCCGCCUCGACACGGAGGCGUCGGGGCAUGCAUCCGUCCGACUGCUCGAGCGCCUGGUGUCGUUUUACGAGCUCUCGCCGCCCGCCCGAUGGACUCUGGGCGUCCUACAUGUCGGUCGACGGCUUUGUCGACUACCACUCGUUCUUUGACGAUGUGUACGACUGCGACUGGAGUCAUGGCAACAACAACGACGACGACGAGCAUGACGAGGCAUCGCAGAACGUUCCCCGGCUGCCGCCCCGGCCGCCUCCAAUUGACGAGCGAGGGCCCUUGUACAUCCCUACAUAUCGAUCGCAGCUCGACACAGCGCGCUUUGGCGUCGUCCCGCUGGCUGCAAACGAUGCACAUGAGCCCAAUCCAUCCACCGAGCCCGCCCUCUCUGCGUCGAUGCGCGCAGUCUCCUUGGCGACGACAGCAGGCUCUUCGAAUCGACACCACCCGUCGCUCUCCGCCUCGUCCGUUGCAUCGCGCCCGACGUCGGCGCGGGCCAACGCCUCGAGCAUGACCCCGACCGAGAUCGGAUCGCUGCUGUCGGGGCGAUUCCAAACAACAAGUCAACGUAUGCACGCCCAGGUGACGCAGGCGCUCACCGAACGGUCGACGUCCUGCGCUAAGACACCGUCGUCGUCGUCGUCGUCCUCCGUUGCAUCGACGCCCCGUGCAACGACGGCAGCUCCGUUGACGCCCGAGAUGCGCGCCGCGCUCUACACAACGACGGCCAUGGGCGUAGGCAGUGGACUCGCCAAAGCCCAACACGCCGCCGAUGCGACGCAGGCUCGGUCCCGCGCCAUUCUCGAGCGGGCCAAGGCCAAGUUUCGACAGCAGUCGACGACAGCCACCAACGUGGCAGCAAUGGACCCAACCGUGCGGACGCUUCUCGGCACUGCGCUCGACGGUGCCAAGUACAGUCUCCGCCAGGCGCUUCUCGCGCAUGACAGCGACGGCAGCGGCUUUCUGCGGGAAGACGCGUUGAUGACGGCGCUACGCAGCGUGCAGGCGCCGCUGUCGGACGACGACUUGUAUCUGAUUGCGAGCGACCUCUUUCCGCAUUCUGGAUCGGUGGUCCACUACAAGGCGCUGCUGGACGAGCUCUUUGGCGUGGCCCACGCCGGCGGUGGCACUGAGAACGUGUCGCCCGCGAGCUAA